AUGGAGACCAGCCCGACCAAUCUGUUCAGCGUGAAGGGGAUGGUCGUCUGCAUCACAGGCGGCGGCACCGGCAUCGGCCGCAUGAUGACAGAAGCCUUCGCCGCCAACGGCGCAGCAAAAGUCUACGUCGUCGGCCGGCGGAAGGAGAAGCUAGACGAGACUGCUAAGCUUUCACCAAAUAUCGUGCCCUUAGUUGGCGAUGUUACGUCUAAGGAGUCUUUGUGUGAGGUCGCAGAGCAGAUCAAGCAGGAGACUGGAUUCGUGAACCUGCUGUGCUGUAACAGCGGGACGAUGCCGCCGCCGAUUGGGGUUAAGAGUACGGAGGUUAGCGUGCAGGAGUAUGCGAGGAAGGCGCUUGAGCAGAAGACGGAAGACUGGACCACGACCUUCCAGACAAACAGCGUGGCGGUGGUCUUCAACACCUUUGCCUUCCUGGAACUACUGGACGCUGGAAACAAGAAAGGAAACUGUCCGGGACGAAAGAGUCAAGUCAUCGUUACGAGUAGUAUUGCCGGCUACUUGAGGGUGCCUGGAAACUUCGGGGCGUAUCCUGCUUCCAAGGCCGCAACAACACACAUCGUCAAACACCUCUCCGGCACCCUAGCGCCCUACUCCAUCCGCGUCAACGCCAUCGCACCCGGUCUCUUCCCGUCCGAGCUGGCAGCAGGUCUGAUCGCCCAGGGUGGCAAGACGGACAAGGACGUCACGGAGGAGGGAGCUUUUGACAAGAGCUUCAUUCCUGCUGAGAGAUUGGGUAGGACGGACGAUAUUGUGGGAACGAUGUUGUACAUGGCGAGUGCGGCGGGGAGUUAUCUGAAUGGGAAUAUUCAGGUUCUGGAUGGGGGGAGGAUUUCGCAGUUGAAUGGGACGUACUGA